AUGCAAUCCAGUAUAGGAGCCACACAGUGGAUAUUAAGCGAUUCUUCACACAUCGAAGAGAUUGAAGAGGAUUACAGUUCAUUGGCAGAGGCUCACUACGAAUUUACUCCAUUCCAUGAGUUACAUGCACACAUAGGUUCUGACAAAGAAUUAGGUAUUCUACAAGCAAUUACACUCACGUUAUGGGACAUCCUAGCCAAAAAUGAGGGCUCACAGCUAGCUGAUCUUCAGAUGAAAAGAACAGUUCUCAUCGCAAAUCACUUGAAGGCAUCUCUUUAUCGACCAAGACAGAGCAUCGCUUCAAAGGAUUAUGUAUUGAUUAACUCAACAACCACUUCUUGCACUCCACAAAACAAGUUGAUUCCUAUCAAACAUAUAUUGGAACACCUUUCUUCAUAUUCUCAAGGAACUAAAUUCUGGGUCAGUACGACAAUCUCCUUGAAAAAUCCUACCAAUCCUUUAUAUUACAUGGCAUGCAGCUUGUGCGCCAGAGGAGCAUCUGGUAAUCUGGGUGAAGUUUACAGUUGUAAUUACUGUUUGCAUAAACAUCCAAUUUCCAUACAGAGGGCACGUUGCGAUGUUGACCUACGUGACUCCACGGGAACUCUCCAAGCAUCUAUUAUUGUCCAGUGGCGGAACAAUUCCUGGGAACCACCUCGGAACAUCUCAUCAAUGUACAGCGUAAUGUAUGAAUACAUAGACUCGGAUUCCAAUUAUCAUUUAAAGUACACCAAUGUGGAACAUUCUGUUUAUGUAAAGAGUGGAAUCCCAAACCCAAAAACCUGA